UGCAGUUGGCGCCAAAGACUGCUGUAUACACAUUAAUAGGUGUAACACUUCGAAUUACAGUUAUAAGUUAUGAAUGUUUAUUUAAUGUUUAGUGUUUGAUAAAUAGUGAAUAAAUGAAUAGUAUUUUUAAACAUUCUUGGCUUCUAUAAUAUUUGAUGUUAAAUCAUCGUUGCAGUGAUUUAAGAUGUCAGGUAGCCCAUUCCCGUACACCUGUGAGCUCUGCGGAGCGGAGGGCUUGACAGACGAGGGUAUGAGGAGCCACACACUUGAAGCCCACGUAGCUGGCAGACCAGACUGCCCUUUCUGCGACUGUACCGUCCCGCAGGCCCAGCUUGUGGCACACGUGCAGAGAGUACACCUGCAUUAUCUCACACCAGAGAGAGAGUUGAUGGCGUUUAUUGAUGAUCAGAGUCCUAGUUUUGAUGAAGAUUCAAAAAUGACAACCGCUGACAGUUGUAGUUACACUACACCGGGAUCUGUCAACGGCUGGCAUAGUCCUAUCGAAAUGUCAACGUCAUUCCAAAAUGGCGCCAUUUCUAAAAACAAAAUAAACCAUAACAGAACUAGUCAGGACAAAGACAGCAAUAGAAUGGAAAAGAACGAAGACAGAUAUUCCCGGUCACACAAAAACAUCAAUUUAUGUAAUGGAGUGAAAAAUAUUAACAUAAAUAAUGGGGUGAUACCAAAGAAGAAUCGCAAAGAAAACUCUUAUGAGAAUGAUGUUGUAAAUGGUUUCGAAAAGAAAAAUGUCAACCCGAGUCCCACUCAUAAUAAUGUUAGCCAUGAAGGAUCUCCAAACAAAAACAAGACAACAAUGGCCAGUGCUGGACAAGGUUCGCCUCUACGAUCGCAGUUAGCAUUAAAAUUAAAAGCUAAUAUACCUAAAAAGUUAGCUCCGACGCCCAGCCCUAUGGUGCAGUGCCUUCUAUGCGAUUUUACAUCUACAUGCCCUCAGAAGUUAGAAGAACAUAUAAAUCGUGCACACUUUGAUCUAACAUCUCCUUCGGUAAUGGGAAAUGCUAAUUACAAUGAAAACUUAGAAAAUCCUACUUUGGGCUUUGUAAAUCCUACUAUAAAUCUCGAGAAUCCCACUCUGGGCUACAGUGCAAUGGCGAUGUCACCAGGACCUCACGGAUCAUCAUUUCAGUGCCCGAUCUGUGAGAAAGAGUUCAACAACUGUUCAGAUGUGGAAAUGCAUGUAAAUGUUGAACAUAGAGAUAUUUUGAGUCCACAAAAAGCUGAUCAAGUGGACAAUGCAUCAUAUGAAGAUGUGGUAAUGAUGGAAGAGAGUCCAGUCAGCAACUGUCCAAUCUGUUGUCAACCUCUCCCACUCUCACAACAUGAACUGAUACAGCAUAUAGAAGACCACUUUGAGCGAGGGGAAGAUGGUGGAGCGCCAUUGUUGUCCGAUGCCGAGAGGGAGGCUCAGCGGACCAGGGAGGAACAAGAGUUUCAGUUAUUGAGAGCUCAGUAUGGAAUGGAGGAAGACGAGGAGGGCUACAGUAGCCGAGCCGCCAGUAGUCUGAAACGGGCGGUGUACAGCGGCGCCCUGUCCGUGGCUGGCUACUACGAGAGAAGCGUGGGCUUAAGACGAGCUUCCGCCUCAGGACUUGACACGGGCUGCUCCAAAACUAGCGGUAUACUGGAGAGGAUAGGUCAGCUGAACGCUUCGAAUCCCGCGGUAGUGCGGUGGUACCUCUGCAGCGCCGUCGACCACUACGCCAGCACGUAUGGAGACAGGGGCUGGGGCUGCGGCUACCGUAACAUGCAAAUGCUGCUAUCGUCGUUGUUACGUCACCCGGCAUACGCGGCGCGGCUGAUAGAAGGAGGCGUCACAGAGCGAGAUUGUGACUGCGUCCCGUCCAUACCAGCCUUGCAGCGUCUGGUGGAACGAGCUUGGGAACUAGGUUUCGACACACAGGGUUCCGAGCAACUCGGCUCAAAGCUUCACAACACCAGGAAAUGGAUUGGCGCCUGUGAAGUAGUCACCGUCCUUUCGUCGCUAAGGAUUAAGUGUUCCUUAAUAGACUUCCACAAGCCGACUGCGGCAGACGGCGGUCAUCCAGCUCUGUUCGACUGGGUUCACGACUACUUCAACACACAGAACUUACACAACAGCACCCAGAACACGCACAGUAACGCUCAGAACUCCCACAGUAGUGCACACAACUCGCAUAAUAACACCCAGAACUCGCACGGCAGCGCUCAGAAUAUACACAGUAAUACACAGAACACGCAAAGCAGUACACAGAAUGCCCAAACAGAUAUAAGUAGCAGCGCUCAUUCUAGCAUACAGAACUUCAAACCACCACUUUACUUGCAGCAUCAAGGUCACUCACGCACAAUAAUAGGAUACGAGAAGCACAGGGAUGGCAAGGCUACGCUACUAGUGUUGGAUCCGUCACAUUCUCCCGCACAGGUACGGAGCGUGGUGUGUGGGGGAGGUGCCGGCAGUGGCGGGGCCCUGCGACUCCUCCGUCGCGGGUCCAGUGCCCUCCGCGCACGACAAUACCAGCUGCUGUGUGUCACCGGACUGAUCUCUGAUGACGCGCACUAUGAGGCUAGCAAAGUGCUUCAGUCAAUUCGUAUCCCGUAAGCAGAGUCAUUUACAUCAGAAUUAUUCGUGAGCUGUACUUAAACAACCGCCUUACCUAAUAGAAUGAACUACAUGCUUUUCCUCCACAUUAUUAUAUUAUCACAAUGUGUUUUAAACAGUAUGAAUAGUUUGUGUAAAUUUCUGUAUAAUCUGUUCUUUAGUUAUUUAUCUUAAAAUUAUGUGGUAUUUAUUGUUAAUUAGUUUUAAAUUUUGUG